AUUAAUCAUCUCUGAAGUUCCGGUGUUUCCAUAUUUGGAGUGUCGCUGAGGCGCGCAGGAUUUUGGGUAGGACGUUAGGUCGGCCAUAUCUGUCUUUCACAGCGGCUGAAGGAGAGAAACGGAGCCAUGAAAACAUUCAGAGGUUUCACUCAUCUCUCUAGAAGAUGUUAUGCUGCUGUGAGGAGGAGUGAGGCGUUGACUGAACCUCUGGCCUCCCGAAAGCCUGCUGCAGCACCUGUCCUCCUCACACCCCAGGAGGUCCAGGUUUCCAAACUCCCCAGUGGUCUUCUCAUUGCCUCUCUGGAGAACUACUCGCCCGUCUCUAAGGUCGCUGUGUUUGUGAAAGCAGGCAGCCGCUAUGAAACUGCAGAAAAUCUGGGCAUCACUCACGUGCUGCGAUUAGCAGGCAAUCUAACCACUAAAGGUGCAUCAGCCUUCAAGAUUUGUCGGGGUCUGGAGGGAGUGGGGGCCAGUCUCAGUGUGACAUCAUCAAGGGAGCACAUGGUGUAUUCUGUGGACUGUCUGCGGGAUGAUUUUGAUUUCGUCAUCGAGUACCUGAUCAAUGUGACCACUGCUCCUGACUUCAGGCCGUGGGAGUUGUCUGACAUCUCGCCUAGGGUCAAGAUAGACAAGGCUGUGGCAGACCAGAGUCCACAAAUAGGUGUUCUGGAGAAGUUGCAUGAAGCUGCUUAUAAGAAUGCUCUGUCCAACUCACUAUACUGUCCAGACUACAUGGUGGGCAAAAUUGGUGUUGAUCAUCUGCAAGGAUUCUUUGCAAGCCAUUACACUGGUGCAAGAAUGGGUCUCGUUGGAUUAGGGGUCUCUCACUCCGCUCUGAAGCAGGCGGGCGAGCAGUUCUUCAGUGCUCAUAAAGGGGCCGGAGCUCCAGCAGCUAAAGCAGUUUACCGUGGCGGUGAGAUGCGUGUGCAGAAUGGAGGAGGUCUGGUUCAUGCACUGGUGGCAUGUGAAGGAGCCUUGAUGGGCUCUGCAGAGGCCAACGCCUUCAGCGUGCUACAGAGGGUUCUGGGAGCCGGACCACACGUCAAGAGAGGAUCCAACAUCACCAGCAAACUCAGCCAGGGCAUCGCUAAAGCCACCGCACAGCCUUUCGAUGCCACUGCUUUCAGUGCUACUUACACUGACUCUGGGCUCUUUGGUGUCUACAUAAUCUCACAAGCAGAUGCGGCCAGAGAGGUGAUCAAUGCAGCAAUGGCACAGGUGACAACUUUAGCUGAAGGAAAACUUACAGCAGAUGACCUCACCAGAGCAAAGAACCAGUUGAAGGCUGAUUAUCUGAUGUCUUUGGAGAGUUCAGAGGGUUUGCUGGAGGAACUGGGUGUUCAGGUGCUGAGCAGUGGAGCGUACAUCUCACCAGAGUCUGUGAUGCAGAGCAUCAACGCUGUAACCUCCAGUGACGUUGUCAACGCUGCAAAGAAGUUUGUUGAAAGCAAGAAGACCAUGUCAAGUUGUGGACAUCUGGCAAACACACCAUUUGUUGAUGAAUUGUGAGAAAAUCUCAAAUCCACAAGUUGUCCAUCUGAUUAUGAGUGUAAGAUAAAGUAUCUUAAAUGUAAACCCUGAUUACUAUUGCCAAUUGUUCUGUCUGUUUCUUUGUAAAGCUUUACUGAGAACUGAAGCAUCAGUUUCAUCCAUUUUACUGUAUAUCUGAUGUACAUUGAUUAAAGAAAAUCUUUCAAUGCUUAAAA